AUGUCAGGACGUGGGGAGACUGGAGGUGAAGCCCGGGCCCAGGCCAAGUCCCGCUCCUCCCGGGCCGGACUGCAGUUCCCCGUGGGCCGCGUCCACAGACAUCUCCGUAAAGGCAACUACGCUGAUGGCGUGGGGGCCGGAGCCCCGGUCUAUGUGGCCGCGGUGCUCGAGUAUCUGAUCGCUGAGGUGCUGGAGCUGGCGGGCAGCAAGAAGACCAGCAUCACCCCCGACCCCUGA